ACAUUUUCCUUUCUGUCACCGUGAGAUGCAGCCGGAGUUCAGCAGCAGAGCCUGCAUGUGAGGAUAAACGUGUUUAAGUGGACUCUGUUUAAACUUUCGGGAUGUUUCACCUCAGACUCAUCUCCUGUUAGCCAAGAAUGCUAAAGGAAGUUAGCUUGUUAGCAGGAAGUAGCCGGAGCCGGAGCUCGGCCUCACAGUGUGUAUUUUAUCAGAGUGAGCUGCGUGUCUGUAACGGAGUGUGUCUGGAGGAAAAGCUGCUGUAAACAUGUCUAAAGUCCAAACGCUGAGAGCUUUUGUCCAGCAGCGACUAAGUGCGGCUGCUGAAGAGAUAUUUGAGCUGUUUGAAAGAACGAUAGCAGAGUACGAGGAGGAACUUUGUGGACAACGCAAACUACUGGACGCUGUUUUCAAGCCUGAAGUCCGGUUACACAGAGCAGAUGUCCAGCUGCUAUUGGUGAGUAAAGAAGAGGUUCCCCCUGAGCAGCAGGAGUGCAGACCCCGGCUAGACCAGCAGGACCCACCAGAGCCCCCACACAUUAAAGAAGAGUGGAGCUCCAGUCUGGACCAGGAGGACCCAUCAGAGCCCCAACACAUUAAAGAAGAGUGGAGCUCCAGUCUGGACCAGGAGGACCCGCCAGAGCCCCAACACAUUAAAAAGGAACAGGAGGAACGCUUGAUCGGUCAGGAGGGAGGGGAGCAGCUUCAACGUCUGGGGGAGGCUAAUUUCAUCAAAUUCACAUUCACUCCUGUCCCUGUGAAGAGUAAGUUAGAUGAAGAGAAACCUCAGUCCUCACAGCUUCAUCAAAGACUAACUGAACAGAUGGAAACAGAAGCUGAUGGAGAGGACUGUGGAGGACCAGAACCAGCCAGGAACUCUGAUGCAGAUGGACAUUUACAACCGGCUACUCAUGACAAGAUGUCACACUCAUCUGAAACUGAAACUGAUGAGAGUGAUUGGGAGGAGACCAGAGAACCUGAGUCAGGUUCAAACCCUCUGCAAAACAGUGAAGUACCUGUUAGUGAUCAGGAAUUUUGUACUGGAAAAACAUCAAGCAGCUCCUCUGAAUGUGCUACAAGCUUUGGCCACGAGGGAUGUCUGCAGGCGCACAGUGGACUUCAAAAAACCGGAGAGGAGCCAUUUAGUUCUGUCUGUGGUAAAGGAUCAGUUUUAACCAAACACUUAACAGGUCAUACAGGAGAAAAACCUUUCUGCUGCUCAGUUUGUAAAAGAAAUUUCAAAAACAGAAGCAGUUUAUCCAAACACAUGAGAACCCACACAGGGGAGAAACCGUUCAGUUGUUCUGUCUGUGGUAACAGAUUCACACAAAAGUCAGAUGUGAGACGACACUCAACUGUCCACACAGACGCCCGGCUGCCAUCGUUGAGUAAAGAAGACGUUCCCUCUGAGCAGCAGGAGAGGAGCCCCAGUCUGGACCAGGAGGACCCACCAGAUCCCCCACACAUUAAAGAGGAACAGGAGGAACUCUGGACCAGUCAGGAGGGAGAAAAGCUUGAAGGGCUGGAGGAGGAAGAAAUCACCAUGUUCACAUUCACUCCUGUCCCUGUGAAGAGUGAAGAAGAUGAUGAAGAGAAACCUCAGUCCUCACAGCUUCAUCAAAGACUCACUGAACAGAUGGAAACAAAAGCAAAUGAAGAAGACUGUGGAGGACCAGAACCAGCCAGGAACUCAGAUCCAGAUGGACAUUUACAACCAGCGACCGAUGACGAGACAUCAGACUCUGAACCUGAGACUGAUGGGAGUUGUGAUUGGGAGGAAGCCAGGGAACCUCAGUCAGGUUCAAACUCUAUGCAAAACAAUGAAGAAUGUGCUACAAGCUUUGGACCAAAGGAACACAAUGGAGCUCAAACAGGAGAGAAACCACGCAGUUGCUCAGUUUGUGAUAAAAGAUUCUUUGGGAAAGACUCCUUCAGGACUCAUAUGAGACUCCAUUCAAAAGAAAAAUGUUUCCACUGCUCAGUUUGUAAAACAAGUUUUGUUUCCAGAAGUCAUUUGUCCAUACACGAGAGGAUCCACACUGGGGAGAAACCAUUUAGUUGCUCUGUCUGUGGUAAAAGAUACUUCUGGAUGGACUCCUUAAAGACUCAUAUGAGUCUUCAUUCAGAAGCAAAACGUUUUAGCUGCUCAGUUUGCAAAAGAACUUUCAGUUUUCAAAGCAGUUUGUCCAGACACAUGAACAUCCACAAAGGAGAGGAACCAUUUAGUUGUUCUGUCUGUGGUAAAACAUUUUUACUAAAGCCAUAUCUGAAACAACAUUUGAUUCUCCACGCAGCGGAGAAACACUUCAGUUGUACCGUCUGUGGAACAGGAUUCACACAACAGGAAGACCUGAAUAGACACGCGACUGUCCACACAGGAGAAAAACCCUACAAUUGUUCUGUCUGUGGCAAAGGAUUCGCACGAAAGGACGACCUGAAACGGCACACAACUGUCCACACGGGGGAGAAACCUUUCAGUUGUUGUGUUUGUGGCAGAAGAUUCACACAAAGCUCAACUUUGACCUCACACCUAAGAGUUCACACAGGAGAAAAACCCUUCAGCUGCUCAGUUUGUAAAGCAAGAUUCAGUAACAGAAGCAAUUUGUCCACACAUAUGAGGACCCACACAGGAGAGAAACCUUUCAGUUGCAGCAUUUGUGAUAAAAGAUUCUCUAGGCGCUAUUAUUUCAGAAACCACAAGUGUGCUGGUGAGAGCAGUGGAAGUAAAUGAAGCUUUAGAGAAGCUUGUUCACCCGAUUCCUACUGAGGGCAAGACACUGAUCAGUUCAAAACUGUGACACAUGCUGAUUCUCAAUUUUCUUAGUUAUCCAGUAACUGUAAAUUAGAUAAACCAACGUUAAAUCAACGUUAAACUUUUUUGCAACUGGCCCCACCGGGCCAGUGGAUUUGAAACUUACUGUCCCUCCCUCCAAAAUUUAUUUAUCAGUGUUACAACCAACUUUUAAGUUAUGUUACUUUGUUGA